AUGGGAAGCAAAGAAGGGAAGGGGCAAAAGCGACCUUUGCGAGUUCGCACCCGCACUCACCGGCUACCUGGUAGGCCAGCCACUGCCGCUAGCCGCCUGCAGAGCCCAGCCGCCUGGAGCGCCUCCGGAACCUCAGAAAAUAGUCUGGCCGAAGAAACGCUAGCUAGCCUCAGCGCCCAGGGCCAGGGAAGAGUAGGUGAGAGAGACAGGGAGCAAGGGGCGGGCCUUCCGAGUCACAUGGUCCUAGCCGCCUCACGUGACGCUGGCGCAGUGCGCGUCCACCCAGCUCCCAGGGAAAGCCGCCGUUUGGGCUUCGCCUGCUCUGUGGCGGGGAUGCCGUGGGUCCUCGGCAUCCCGAGAAGCAGAUUAGCUGUCCAAAUCCAGCCUUCAGGUCCUACGAAGAGUAGCGGUGGAUCUUGGUGGCUGCGGAGGCUGACAGAGAGAGAGAAACAUCAGUUGGUUGUCUCCCAUAUGCACCAAGACCCAGGAUGGUCUGUGCCUGAACCAGGGAUAAGAACGCACAACCCAGAUGUGGCAGCACCACCAGGAGCAACAUGUUUUAAUAGGAAGCCACCAGCUUCUGGUCCUGAGAACAUCUACCUUUGAAGAGACAUUAAACACCUAAGCAGAAUGACUUGGUCAGCUGGUGUCAGUCAGCUCUUCAUGAGCCACCCCAAUACUGGCACAAUGGAUUCACAAAUAUAGAAGAUAUGAUUGUAGGGAGGAAGGUCAUACAUGGACCCAACAGCAUUAUCUCCCACUCACCCAAGUUAACUAAUGCUAUUAGAUUAACUAGUUAUCAGAAACCAUUGCUGAGACCCAUUACUACACUCUCCCCUUUUAAAAAAUUUUUUAUUUACUUUUUUUUUUUAGAGAGGGGAAAGGAGGGAGAGAAACAUCAAUGUGUGGUUGCCUCUCACAUGCCCCCAACUGAGGACCUGGUCCACAAUCCAUGCAUGUACCCAGACUGGGAAUCGAACUGGCAAACUUUUGGUUUGCAGACCGGCGCUCAAUCCACGGAGCCACACCAGCCAGGGCUGCACUCUCCCUAGAAGACACCAAACAACCACUUGGUGAAAAGGUGACCAUAUUGGACUCCUUCCAAUCUGGAUGGGUGGUCAUUCAUUUUAACAUGAACAGUUACAUAUUUUGUGGGUUUGCCUUUCCUGCCUGCAGAGUUUUGUCUACCAUAACAAUCCAAGGGCUUAUAUUAUGUUUGAUACACCAACAUGGCAUCCUACUUACCAUUGCAUUUAACCAAGGAGCCCACAGUAUAGCAAAAGAGAUGUAGCAGUGGGCAAAUGACCAUGAAAUCCAUUGGACAUAUCACAUGGCAUAACACGCAGAAGCUAUUGUCCUUAUAAGCAAUGGAGCAGCCUGCUGAAAGCUUGGAUGAACUGCCAGCUUAGAGAUGAUAUCCUGUGAGGACAAAGCUACCCUCCAGGAUGCAGUAAUACUUUAAAUUAAUCACCAUUAUAUGGUGCUAUAUCCCCAAUAGGAGAAUACCUGGGAGCAAGAUCCAAAGUAUGGGAGCUUCCAGUAUGAAAGCAGGAGUGUCCCUAUUGAUCAUCAACCCCUCUGGGGAAUUUAUGCUUUUCAGCCUCACAACUGUAACCCAAGUUUAAAGGUCUUGAUUCCCAAAGGAGGAGCAUAUCUACCCAGAAACACAGCAAGGUCUUUUAAAAAAAAUUUUUUUUAAUUAUAUUUUAUUGAUUAUGCUAUUAAAGAUGUCCUGAUUUUUCCUUCUUACCCCCCCUCCACCCAGCCACC